GGAACAUGUUAAGAGGCAGUUGUAUUCAUCCAGAGGAAAAGGAUAUGAGGCAUAUAUUACCUAUCUUGAUAAAAAUAGAUCUUGAAAAUGCAAAAAUCCAUUGGAUCUGAUGAAAUUGGAAAAGCUGAGAUCGGCCCCGAAGGAGGUUCCAUUCAUUUCGAUGAUUGCUUCGUUACAAUUCCACCAGGAGCUUUGAACCAUCCUGUGCUCUUUAAACUGAAUCUUCAAACAGAUUUGACACAAUUUUGCCCGGAAGAUUUUGUCGGAAUAACUCCAGUUUUGAGUAGUAGCACACCUAUACAGUCCCAUCUUCCCAUGAUAAUAAGAUUAAGGACUUGGUGUCGUACGAAACAAGAAAAUGUUAUCGCGUAUGUUGCUUACAUGGGAAAUGAGGACUCGGUCAUAAAAAUACUCGCUCAAAAACAACUGGGAGAAACGGGACAAUAUAUAAGUUUUGAAACCGAGCAUGUUUCAAGAUUGUUUGUUUAUAUAAAAACACUCUUCAUUGAAAAGGUUGAGUUCAAAGUUCAGCCAGAACUUUUCUUCAACAAAAAGGGUAAAUUCAGAUGCAUAUUCUCGCUUGAUGAUGAAACAACGAAGAAAGAAGUUUUUUCAGAAAUGAACAGAGCAGAAUACAGCCCAACGCCGUUUAUAUUUAAUCUUUUAACAGUGAAAUGUGGGAACCAAAUUUCUAUUAAGAUCAGUGCAGAUUCAUAUGAAACAACACAAAACUACACUUUCAUUCCGGUAAAUAAGAAUGGAUUUUCAAUAAGUGAAGAUCUUCUGAAGGGAAAUAGAAAAGUCAUUGAAUUUCAGGUAUCUCCACUUCCGCAACCACAGGAACUUCUUGAUAUUAAGUUUGAAUUGAAUCAAAAUGGAAAGACUGAGUGUUUGGAUUAUAACCUGUUAUGGCCUAAACUAGAUUUCAUUGAUGAGAUCGACUGAUCAAUGCUUAACUAAGAAAAUCCUGCCUGAUCUCUUCUGAGGCAGUGAGGAACAAAAAUACUAUUCGAUUCUAGUAUUAUGAAAAUCAAAGCCUGCUCAAUCUCCCAUAAAAUUACUCCAAAAUGAAUGUUUUCCCACUUUAAAACUCUUUCUAUACUUUAUGUAUGCAAAAGUAUCUAUGCUUAUUUCGUGAAUCUUUUCACCAGGAAAAGUGAGUCAAUGUUCAUGACCAUGAUUGAAAGAAUUGGUUCAAGUGUAAAAAGUGUCUUGAGUGGAUGCUAAAAUGAUGGUCGUCUAAUACAAUAUGCUAGGAGUGCUUCCAAAUCUAGGCGCUAGUAUAUAUAUUCUUGGUAUUUGUAACUUGAGAAAUGUAUUAUCUAUUUGACUGACCGUCUACACUGGUAUUCACGCCACUUUAUGAUUAUUCGAAUACAAUUAUUGGACACGAAGUGGACCUAUGGAUCGUUUUGUUAUUAUGUUGUUGUUGUUCUUUGACACAAAAUUUUAUCGUUAUUAAAAAGUCGCUUUUCUCUUUGAUUACUGGAACAAUUGCUUUGAAAUUUUUAGUGGAUAAAGAUUGAUUUUUUCGCUAGAAGGCUAUUACUUUUAUUUUAAAAUUUUCUGUGGAUUGUGGAGUGCUGGUACCGUAAUACAGCGUGGUGACACUAAACUGUCUCGUAAAAGCGGGGUUUGCACUCACUGGUAUGAUUAAUAUCUUUUAAUGUGGGUGCUUUUUAUGGAAUCGGUAAACUGUGCCAUGCUGGGCGGGUCAGUAAGUCUCCACAUUGUAACCAUUUAGCUGUUUCACUGUUCAAGAUACGCUAUGAUUUUCCGUGAAUUGAGACAAUAUAUUUCGUUUUGUCUCGCGUGUCAAUAUAUUUGAGCAUAGCUCUCUUGUUUAAGUUAGGAAUUAAAGUGUGUUGUCUCACCCCCUUUAGGGCAAUCACUGGUCUCUUUAUCUACAGUCGUCAUUUGCAAUGUUGGUUUAGUUACAGCCAAACUUAUACUCGUCAACCUUGACUUAAUAAAUCGUAAUUAGGUAUUAAAAUUUUGGGUGAUGCUGCUUGCGACCCUGUGGUUUCUCUUCCCCCUGAAGUUGUGUGUUUCAUGUUCUUUUAAUUUUGUAUGUUGUACCUUACUUGGUGGAAAAAAAUGCUUCAAUAUGACCAUGGUUAUGCAAGAUAAAUUAGUUAAAUUUUAUGUUAAUUAUGAUUGCACUGUUAUUUAUUUGUUUCAAAAGAUUUAUAUGAUACAUAUAAAUAAGCCUGCACUAGUGAUUUUCUAAAUUCUUCCACGUUUUCGUUGCGUUUCAAACAUAUUUACAUUUCAUUCGCCCUAAUGAAUCUUAAUCCCAAUUUGUGUAUCUAUUGUAUCAAUUUUUUUAAUUAAUACAUUUGCUAUAUUUUU